AACUUAAUAAACUUUAAAAACAAUUAUUAUUUUAUACAGAUUUUGGGUGGAGUUAAGUUUUUAUAUAUGGUUUAUGCAAGAAAAAUUGUCAUCAAUUAUCUUGCUUGUGUUCUUGAAGAUUGGUACAUCUUUAAAGAUACAUGUUCCUCAUAACUAGAAUUUGUAUUAUUCAAUAAAUCACAUGUAUUUAAAAUCUCCAUUUUAUCAUCUUCGUUAUCAUCAUCAGCUACUGCUAAAGUUUUAAAUUGGAUCACAUUGGGAUUAUUAUUUGCUCCAUAUCUUUGACGUAUACGUCCAAAUAACAAUUCAAUAUGAUCUUGUGAAAAAUAAUAUAGUUUUUAAAAAAAGAAAAACUUCAGAGAAAAAACCGGGUUCCCCUUUUACAGAUGAAGUCCAAGAUCUUAUUGCUGUAGGAUGAGGAAGUUUAAAUAUUGUGCUAGAAAAAAAAAUUGUGUUCAAAAUAAUAUAUUAUUUAAUAAAGAGAAUUUCUGAAAUGCAUACUAACCGACAGUACUUGUAAGCUUUUGGAGAGUAAUAAUUCAAAGUGUAGUUAUAAUAUCACUGACCAAUACAGAUCUCUGAAGUGUGACUGGAAGUUCUUCAUCUAACUUAGACAUACUCAAAUCAAGAGGAACUUCUACUUCAACUUCAUAAUUUUCUAUUAUACUCUGGCAAUGAACUUCUUCAGUUGUUGAAUUAAAUACUGAUGGUAUUGCAUUAUCAUUCAAACGUAAACGACCAUUUUCCUUAUUAUAAGGUUUAAAAUCACUAGGGAGAAAAUGCUCACUACACAACCUACUAUACUCAGUUGGAAUAAACCCUUUCCUAUUAAUAUUUUUUAACCAAUUUUCAGUACGUUCUUUAUUUUUUAAAGGAAAGCUGAAAAUUUUGGAAAUAAUUAGUUUGUAAGUUUCAUUGAUGUCAGUUUUUUUUAAAUAUACUUACGCAAAAAAAUGAAUGCCACUGUUAGGCACUCUUUUAUUUGAACAGCCCCAAGCACAGCAAUAAUAAACCAUAGUAAUAUGUAUGUACUUAAAAAAUAUUAAUAACAACUGUACUUACUGUAAGUCUUGUACAUGUAUCACAAUUUAUAUUUAUAAAAUAAAAAACAGUAUGCUAAAUAUGUAAUAUUUGCUCGUAUAUAAUUACAAAAUAAUAACAUAAUACAUGUAUUUUAUUAUUAUUAUUAUUAUUAUAGAUUCAUCAAGUUGUUUUUGCGUUUGAGAUGCUAAAUAUUUAUAAAUAGCUCGCGAUUACCAUAUUGUUCUAUGUAAUUACAUGCAAAUACAAUAAAACAUAAUAUUUAAAUUUAAAUUAUUUUUAUAAAUAAUAAAAGGUUCCGAAUUUUAGCUCUAACCAAAUAGUUCCAGAUAAAUAUAAUUCGGAAAAAAAAUUUUCUUAAGGCUUACGUCUCAACAAAAUUUAAAAUAUUAUACCCCUCCAAAAUAGUAUCUUAUCACUUAUCAUAUCAGUUAAAUUUGUAAACAGUCACCUCUUAGAUAACGAUUGGCGGCCAUUUUGUUGGAGACAUUAUUUUAUACGUAUGUACUAUAGAAGUCGGCUAUCUAGUAUUUUUAUAUAUCUGUGUUAUCACCCAAUUUUUAUGUUAUGAAUAUUGAAUAAUUUAUUCUGUAUCAUAAUUUGUGACGUACCUGGUACCAAUUUAAAAAAGGCCUAGUUCCUAUUAAUUGAAUAGAAUAUGUUUUCUUUUAUUUAUAUGUAUUAAACUAUCAUUAAUAUUUGUAUACAAAAUUGUCAUGGUGGCAUUUUGGGCAUUGGCAUACAUAUUAUUCUUUUCGCCCGUUACAGAAACCGUUGAUAAGAAAAUUAUGGAAAUCAGCUGGUAAACAAAUAACAGGUAUAUACAUAAAAAAAAAAGUAAAAAAAAAAAAUAGGUACAACUACUACAACAUAUUUUCGAGAUGCCUUCGGGACGUGAAUGUUGAUGACGAUGAUGUGAGGCGUGUGCGUGUGAAUGCGUCGUUUGUGCGUGUGUUGUCGUGCUCCGCCGUCGGUCAAUAGAAUUAUAGUUAUAGGGCAGAGUUAAUAACCGCAAUUACACAUUAACAUUAACAAUAAUAAUAACAAUAUCGAUUAAACGAUAUUCGUAUGCAGUAGAUACGACGACGGUUUCCCAGUAAUACCGAUCAAUCCGAUAACCGAUUUUCAAAAAGGGGUUUGCUGUAUCGAUUUUUGUUUUGUCCGUCCGUCGCGUGGGCAUUCAGAUCACCGGAUAUCGCUGAGCACGGGAAACGGACCAGUUUUUGCGUGAGCGAGAGAAACGGACCAGCCAGUCUCCACUCGCCGCCGUGUCCAGUUUUGCUGCCGUCGCUGUCCGACCGUUUGCCGCCUACACUCGACGACUACGACGACGACCACGGCAGUCGUACGACGACACCACUGUCAUAACCGUCCGAAUGGUGGCCAGCCGCCGUCCAAAUGCAGUUGACGUCCAACUCGGCGGCCGCCGACAACUAUGCGAUCCCGUGACGGGCAACGUAACAUUUUGAUUCAGGGUGUUAUGCGUUUGAGCAUAAAACAAUGGGGGCCAACAUGGGUAAGAGUUCAGCAUCUUUGCUGGAUGCACUCCCUACACCACAAAGUCAUUUGCAUGUAGUCAUGUUGGGCCUAGACAGUGCUGGUAAGACUACAGCCCUUUACAGACUUAAAUUCAACCAGUACCUGAAUACAGUUCCUACAAUUGGAUUUAACUGUGAAAAAGUAAAAGGAACUGUCGGUAGGGCCCGAGGUCAAACAUUUCUUGUGUGGGAUGUUGGUGGACAAGAAAAACUUCGACCGUUAUGGAAAAGUUAUACUAGGUGUACUGAUGGUAUAUUAUUCGUUGUGGACAGUGUAGAUGUAGAACGGAUGGAAGAAGCAAAAAUGGAACUAGCCCGCACAGCAAGAGCACCAGAAAAUACAGGUGUACCAAUUUUAGUGUUAGCAAAUAAACAAGAUUUGCCAGCAGCACGAGAUUCAGCAGAAUUAGAAAGACUUUUAGGUCUAAAUGAACUUAACCAUUUGUGGCAUAUUCAAGCUGCUUGUGCUAUAACUGGCGAUGGUCUUCAAGAAGGUUUGGAUGCACUUUAUGAUAUGAUAUUAAAACGCAGAAAAUUAGCUAAACAAGUGAAAAAGAAAACUCGAUAAAUUAGCUAAAUACCAGUAUAACUAUAUUUGUAUAUAAAAGUAAUGCGCUAUUGGGAUAAUGAAUACAUACAUUUAUCUUUGCGCCAUAAUUUGAAAUUUCCAUGACACGUGUUUAACAAUAAACCACUCAUAUUGAAUUUUGGUUUUGAUAUCGACGAUAUUAAGUGCUAUUAUUAUUACUGGGUACAUUUAUUUAAUUAUUUAAACUAUUUGUUUUGUUUAGAUGGCAUAACAAUAGACAAUAGUAUACUUGAUGGAUAUUUUAUUUAAAUGUAUUGUAACUUACUAGUAGUAAUAAUAAUCUAAUAUUGUGUUAUUUCAUUGAUUCCCAGUAACUACUUACAUUUAUAGAACAGUGUUUAAUACACAACAUUUAUUUGUGUGUUUAACUAUGUUAAUGUAAUUUUAAAAGACCAUUUAAAAUCAUGUAUUACGUUUUAAAAAUGUUCCCACCGAUUGUAAGUAUGAUUUUUAUAUGAUACAAAUGGUAGCUUUUUGAAUAUGGCAGCUAACAAAUUGGAUGUUUGACAUUUAUUAUUUUCACUUAAACGUUAUAUGAUUCACUUUAAAGAGCAACUAGUUUGUUAUUAAAUGUAUUUGUUGUCACUCUAUGGUGCUUUAUUGUUUUUGAAAUUAUAUUGUAUUAUUAUUUUCUUUAGUGCAAUAUUUCACUUGUUUAAAAUUACUGCUGCACUAAAAAAAUGUAUUCAAUGGAAGGUUCAACAGUUUAUGUUUUUGACUAAACCCUUUUAUAAUUUAAAUGUAAAAUAUUUAUUAUUAUUUAUAUAUUAUAUGUAUCAAUUACAAUUAAUAUGCAAUUUAGUUCCAAUAACUGAUAACUUACAUAAUGAAUUAUUAUUUAGUUUAAUAAUUCUGAUCAAUUGGUCUUAUGUACAGUUUCAAGUUGCGCUCACAUUUAUUUUAUUUAUCAACACUAGAACAGUUUUUUUUUUCUAAUACUCGAUGCUAGCCAAAUUAUUAUUUGUUUCUGUAAUGGGUCUUCUACACCCUAUCAGGUUACCAUAAUAUGAUAUGAUUAUCUUCAUUAUAUUUUCUUUUAUCACAUGCUCUUAGGUCAGGAAAAACUGUUCUAAUGUUAAUUA